GAGGAGCUGCCCACAGUACUGAGGAGCUGCACGCCGGGAAAAGUUUACCUCGAACUAUUACACUCGACUAAAAGGAGGGAGAAACAGCAAAGAUGGCAACUCAAGCACAGCAGACGCCCCACCUGCACCUGGCUGAGAUCACCGCGGCGCAGUUCAUCGACAUCUGGAAACAUUUUGACGCAGACGGAAAUGGUUACAUCGAAGGGAAGGAGCUGGAGAACUUCUUCAAGGAGCUGGAGACUGCGAGGCGAGGAGGAGGCGUGGAUCCUACACAUGCUACGUUCAAAGAAAAGAUGAAGGAGUUCAUGGCCAACUUUGACAAGAACGCUGAUGGGAGGAUUGAGAUGUCAGAGUUGGCUCAGCUUCUGCCCACAGAGGAAAACUUCCUGCUCUGUUUCAGAGAGUUUGUGGGAUCCAGCGCAGAGUUUAUGGCUGCCUGGCGGAGGUACGACACUGACCGAAGUGGAUACAUAGAGUCAAAUGAGCUGAAGGGUUUCCUGUCCGACCUGCUGAAGAAGGCUAACAGAAACUAUGAUGACAAGAAGCUUAUUGAGUAUACACAGACAAUUCUGAGGAUGUUUGAUCUGAAUGGUGACGGGAAACUGGGCCUUUCUGAGAUGGCGAGGCUCUUGCCGGUCCAGGAAAAUUUCCUAAUGAAGUUUGAGGGGAUCAACCUCACAGUUAAAGAAUUUGACUCCCUCUUCACCCUCUAUGAUAAGGAUGGGAAUGGGUAUAUUGAUGAGCAGGAGCUGGAUGCUUUGCUGAAGGACCUCUGCGACAAGAACAAAAUGGACGUGGCCCCCGAGGACUCAAAAGGACUGGUGGGGUACAAGAAGAGCAUCAUGGCUCUAUCUGAUGGAGGGAAACUGUACCGCACCGAGCUGGAAAUCGUCCUCUGCCGGGACUCCACGCUGUGAGCUCCUUGCCUGGGACCCUGCUGUCCUCCCCCACUGCCUCCUCCUUCCUACCUCCUGAUGUAACCUGGUGCAUGUGUGACCCUUAACCUUGCUUCACCACUUAAGUGAAAACAAAAGUGCUCCUGAGAGCACACGGUGUACCGCUGGCCCUGCUAUUUUAGCUUUGUACCCCUCUGAGUUGUAUUUCUUUUUUUGGAUCUUAAAAGGCUGUUCCACAGUGACAGAGCCAUAGCAAUGACUACAGGAAUAUACUGUGUAUUUAUUCAUUUUACUUCCCGUUUUUAUUAUGCAUUUUUUUUACGUUGACCUAAUAUCUAUAUGUUUCUCUCCCAAUGAAUUUUAAAUGAAUACUUUUGUUUUGUAGCAUCUGUUUAUUUAUUUAUAUUUAUAUUAUAUAAUAUUAUUUGAUGAGGCUUGUACUGUUCUAUUAAAGAUAUUGAGAGAAUUAAUAAAUAUAUGAUAACAA